GCGUUGUUGUGUUCAAUAUUUAAAAAUAAAAAUUAACGCAUCGGAAGCAACGAACAGUUAAGAGUGUUAGAGUGUUGUGCGUGCGAUAGUGUGGUUCGAUAUACGGAGCGAACGAAAUCCAUUCAUCAGCGGUCCAGCUCGCAGCAACUAUACUGUAUCAUGUUAUAUAGAGAGAUGGAUACUGGUGGUGACAGAUUUGACGGGAUAAAUAUUAUGGAUAUUCGUAGACUACGUCACUCACAAUUUUUUUCCAACCAUUCAAAAGCAGAAAAUGGAAAAAAGAUUUGAUCUAAUAAUUCCAGAGAUUAUGAUGGGUUCAGUUUAGUGUUCGUCGACUGUGGUUUGAAAUGUCAUCGGAAAUGUUGCGUGUAGAUAAUCUGCGACAACGGUUGUUCUGCAAUUCCGUGUUGGAUACAAAAAGGGAAAGCCGGUGUCCAGUGUGUAACGCCAUGUUUUCGACCACGUACAGUAUGCGUUUGCACUUGCAGACCGUCCACAUGGACUUAAAACCACAAAAUCUGACUGCCAAAACGUUUUAUCGUGAAUUUAACAACAAUAACAGCAUAAACAACAAUAAUAAUAACAACAAUAACAGUAAUAAUAAUAACAAUAACAACACGGCCUUUACCGCAAAAUCACCGGCUAAAACGACGUCGUUCAACAACAGUCCCGAACGCGCGCACGUCACACCUGUCAAGUCUUCGUAUAACGGCGACUCGACAUGUAGUACAGACUUUAGUGACGGAUAUCCGUCGGACAAGGACUCAUAUUUUGGCAGUUCACCCAAGGAUGAGAUCCCUCUGUCAGUGGCAGGUGGUGGUUUCAUGUCACACUCGCCGGCCAAUAAGAGAAAUAGCAAUGGUCACAUAAAAGCCAAGCGCACGUACGCGUGCCGGCUAUGCUCGACCGUUUUCGGCAAUCUACGGGCACUUAAAGGUCACAAUUCGUCCAGCCACAACAAAUCUACCAACGGCAUGUACGCGUGCAAUAUAUGUGAAUUUGCCAGCACUGAAAAGGCGUCGCUAAACCACCACAUGAAAGGCCACACGGGCGAGACGCCGUAUGUGUGCAAAAAGUGUUCGUACGCGUUCACCACAAAGGCUAACUGCGAACGGCACCUGCGCACCAUACAUAAAGCGUCCAAUGCCGAGGUAAAGGCGUCGAUAUUGUUCAAGAACGAGGAGAAAUCGGCCGGUUCAGUGCAGUCGGCCAACGACGAAGCAGCGGCUGACAAGAAUGAAGAACUGUUCAACCAUCUGCGUCUGCAGCACCACAACCAGACGACGACGGACUAUUCGCAGUAUGAAUCAUCCGGCCAAAAGAGCUCGGAAGACGACGAAGACGAGUAUGAUGAGCCAUUAGACCUGAGCAUGAAGCGUUUUAAACAGGACUUCGACAGCGAGCCGCAAGAUUUGUCAAUCAAUAGUAAAAGAUCAUCGUCUUCGUCGUCGUCUUUAGCAGCCGCUACCGCCGCCGGUGACCACACAGACGAAGAAGACGUCAAUAAACCGACUGCGACGAUGGCGUUCCGCGAGCAAUUCGUGCCGCAUGCCCCACCUGGCUUUAUGGACCUGCCGUUACCCACUCCUUUACAUGCGUAUUUUCUCAACGAGCACCGUAUGUUCUUCAACGGCAUGUACCCGGCCGCAGAACGGAUGCUACCCAUACCACUCACCGUCGAAAUGAUCCGCGCAAUGCGGCAGAUAAAUGAACCGGUACCCGUCCCAAUACAAGAACCGGCUAAUACCGUUGUCCCGCCAAAGCCUGACACACCCGAACCUGCGACCGUACCACCUCCGCCACCUGCUCCGCCGUCUGUGGAAGUUGCGCCAAAGACAAAGGACGCCAACGGAUUGCGUUUGGUGAUGAAAAACGGCAUUCUGGUGCCCAAACAGAGACGGUUCAGAACAGACAGGCCGCAUGUCUGCGAGACGUGCAAACGGGCGUUCACAUUGAAGUCAAACCGCGAUCGACACGUUAAAAACCAACAUCCUACCGAUUGGCACAAGAAACCAAGGUCGUUAUCGUCCAAGUCGGAACCGCAGUUCUCGGCCGUCAAACAAGAACAACAGGACACAUCGCCGAUUUCGGAUCAAGUAAAAAUGGCCUUGUCAUUGAAAUGUCGACCGUCAGAACAGCUGUUACGAACAGAAGACGAAGUAGAUGAUGACGAAGAAGAUGAUGACAUAGUAGAGGAGGAAGACAAACUCGUCAUAGUGGAAGAUGGUGGAGAGCAUAACAAGCCCACCGAAGUCAAGGAAAAGAGUGCCGAGGUCAAAGAGGAGUCCGCCGAUCUGGUUAGCGUAUCAAGAUUGUUGGACAACGCUUCGCACCAAACGUUUCCGCAGUUUACCAGAUCUGACGAAGACCAUAAUGAAGUGACCAGCAGCGAAGAAGAGCACAGCGAGGCUGCUAGUUAUUCUGAAAACGACGGUUCCAGUAUUAACGCAGCGAACAACAAUAUCGACAUCAAUUUCAACACAGACAAGGAUGAGAACCGGGAGAAGCGGAAGAAAGUUAGUGCAUACGCGGCCGCACCCAACAGAGUGCUGUGCCCGUUCUGUUACCUUUCGUUCCCGUGGACUUCGUCACUGAAACGCCAUAUCCGCACGCAUACGGGUGAAAAACCGUACCAGUGCAAACACUGUCCGCUGUCGUUCUCGACGAAGUCUAACCGUGACCGGCAUAUCCUGCGCCUGCACUGCACGCCACCUAGCAAGUCGGCUGCGUCGUCUGACAACGAAACGACCGCCGCGGCGCCGGCUGACGCCAAGAACACGUACAAGUGCACGUCGUGCCCGAACGUCGCGUUUUCCAAGCGCAAGAACUUGAUCAGCCACAUAAAUCGGGUGCACUUCGAUAAGAACAGCAGUGGCGGUGCGGGAGAAGACGACGAACGAGGCGGCGACGGUACCGAAGACGACGGCGGCGAGUCGGAACGUGACUACUCGUCGAUGACCAUGUUCAACGGAUGGUGUGGCAAUAACACGGCCGCGGUAACCACUACGGCCAACACUACCACCUCGUCUACAGCCGCCACCACCCCUUCUAACACGGUCACCGGAUCCGAACCGUGUUUCAAGUGUCAUCUGUGUGACAGCAGCUACCUGGACAGACAGGGCGCUUUGGACCACAUCCGGAUUGACCACGCCGAAUGUUAUGAGAUACUGGUGUCACAGGGGGCCAUGGACAACGACCACGACUCGUCGGCCGUCAAACAAGACGACGUGGAAAACAGAAAGGUCCUGUGCGCGUUCUGUCUGCACCGCUUCUACUCAGCCGAGGACCUGCGCCGGCACAUGCGCACUCACACUAAGGAACAGCCGUUUGCGUGCCUAUCGUGCAAGCGCCGGUUCACGCUCAAGCACAGCAUGGUCCGGCACAUAGCCAAAAAGCACGGUGGCUGCCAAGACCAACAGUACGGAGGCGGUAGCGCUGGGGGUGGUAGCGACCACGAACGAAGGUCUGCCAGUCCUCCGAACACUCCACCUCCAACGGGGGGUCCGGUCACUGGUUACGAGGACUGCUGUAGCAACCGGACAGACACGGGACUGAUCGGCACGCUGCUCGGCAUCCGCGAUAGCACUGUCAUCGAUCAGGUGCUGCAGACAAAGUCGCCCGAGGACGCGGCCAAAAUGUUGGGAAUCAAAAGCAGCAGCGACUAGAGAUCGAAACCCGUGCACAGGCCGUAGCCGGGUCCGAUCCACUUGUACGAUAAUUUUUCACACAUAUUAUUCUUAUUAUAACUUUAUACAUAGAGAGAGAGAGAGGGAGAGCGUGUCGUCGGCAGACGACAUUAUAAUAUAGUGUUAAGUAUUUAUUAUUAUUAAAAUUAUAUUAUAAGAAAAUACGCGUUUUGCAAUAUAUUAUUCUACACCAAUCGUGUUAUUGGCUGACCGUUGUUGCCUUAUUAAAUUUUAGUCGAUAUUAUUGCAGAUUGGCCGUCGAGCAUCUACAAUAAUAUCAUUAUUAUUAUUAUUAUUAUUAUUAUUAUUAAUUUUAUUUUAAGAACGUAAAUUGUACUUAAAUCUGUUAAUCACUGAAACGGUUACGGUUCCGUUGUAUAUCUUUAGCGUAGUUAUAGUGUUAUAGGUAAGUUAAGUAGUAUAGUUGAAGUAUCGUCGGUGGUGUAGUAGACGAGACGGAUAGAGUCGGUAUCGAAAAAAAAUAAACGCUUAUGCAAUUUUUUCUUUUCGAUACUGAGUCGGUCACUUAAGUCAUUUUUGACGUCUACGACAAAUAUAAUUUUCACCCCACCUUUUUCUAAAAGAAAACAACCAUUACUGAGCUCGGCAUCAAUGAUAAAAAAAAAAAAUAUAUAUAUGAUAUCGAUUGAAUUUUUUACCAUGUUAUCUAUGUCGACCACCACCGCGUUAAUGGUAGUUUUAUUUUAUGACUUAUGACUUAAUUUUUCUUUCUUCCGUUUUGUGUGUUCCUCUUUCGGUACGCGUGCCCGCGAACGUCUCGAAUUUGCGUUUUAUCGCUCACCAUAUCGCGAGUAAACGUCCAUUCGACAUUCACGGAUUUAAAGAUUCUUUUUGUUUCGCAUAAGAUUUUCGUCUUUUACAGGAAUUCCUGCAACUGUCGGAAACAUUAUUCGGCAAGAAAAUCUUUCUACUUGCGCUCGUACUUAUUCUCUUACCGUAUGUAAUUCCGACUGUGUCAUACUGAAGUCUAUCGCCUGAUUGACACGCAACCCAACGUACACGCGCGCGUGCCUUUGUCAAUCUCUAGAACUUGUUCGAUGAAGACUAAGGUCUAUUAUCCCGGAGAAUAAAAUCUGAAUAAAUAAUAUAACCUGUAUAGACACCCUCCCCCCAUAUUAUAAAUAAUAUUGGUUUACUUAGUUUUAAGAGUAUUACUCACUACAAUAUUUUCAUUUUUAUUUUAUAUAUUUUGUUUUUGUCACACCCGGGGGAAGGGGCACGCGGUUUCGUUGUUUAACAUUAAUUGUAAUUUUGAUGUGACUGCACUAACAUAAUAUAUUACAUACUAUAAUAUUUCUAUAAAACUAAAUUAUAAAAUAUGUUUGUAUAAAAUAAUACCUAUACCAAGAGUAAUAUUAUUAUUACUACGUAUCAACGGGGUUGUUAUCCUAUAGCUGACCUUAAUGUAUAAUACGAUUUAUUGAAUUAUAGACUUCUAGAAAUGUUUAAUUAUAUAUUAGUAAU